GUGAACGAAUUCUACCCAGAAAUAAAAGGAGAAACAACGAUGUCCAGUGAGUGCUGCUUACGAUUCGUGUUCUUAAUCACCGCAAUGACAGUAGUAUUUUUUUGCUCAUCGAAUGCGGCUCCGGCCGUUUGUCGUACGUGUACGAAUGGUGCAUGCAACAAUACUGACGAUGCAUCUACUGAUUUCGACAGCGCGUUAACGGGCAGCAAUCGCACAAAACGGGCAUCAACAAUAGAACAACGCAGUUGCGUACAAUUUCAACUCGAAAUGGUCUUAAUUCCACUCUCAAUUGCGAUGAUUCCUGUCGGCUUAUGUGCUCUUCUACUUUGUGCAUGUUGCUGUGGACCCGAAGAAUCGAGAGGUAAGAUACCAGAUCGAUUCACCAAAAAAGGCAACAGUAGCAGAGAUAAUAAAAGCGGUAAAUCAUUAUCAUGCGCAAAUUCGAAGAAAGAUGUAAAUGAAGUGGAUGAUAUUGAGUUGGUUUACAAAGAUGGCGUGGUAAUGCGACGUGAUAGCAAAAAGACACGCUUCAGUACGGCCGUGUCGAUAAUUGAAGCUAGACGUAUCAGUAUUGAUAUUCUUGAGCAUCAAAAUGAUCGUAGACAAUCCAUUUUCUCGAUUGGAGACGAUAAUAAAGACGAUUCCUUAUCGAAUGCCAACCAUGAUGCACCGGACCACGAACAACAACAACAACCGAGCUGUUGUCAACAAGGGGAACUACAAGAAGAUGUUUGUCCUCGAAAGAAUGCAUCUUGCUCAGCCAAUAAUAGUGACGAUCUCAGCGGUGAGUGCAUUCAUUCAUUCAUGAUCGCUUCCAAUAAACUACCGUUCAAAAACGACCCACUUCAGUCAAAUCAAUACUAA